GUACAUCCGACUAUAUGGGAGAAAGUUUAGCAGAGAAGACCAUGUGCUUUUUAUCAAACUGCUGUACGAGUUGGUAACCAUCCCAAGGCUGGAGAUCAGCAUGAUGCAGGGAUUUGCACGCCUCUUGGUAAACCUGCUCAAGAAAAAAGAGCUGCUUUCCAGGGAUGAUUUGGAAUUACCAUGGAGACCACUUUAUGAAAUGUUAGAAAGGAUAUUAUACUCCAAAACAGAAAACCUUGGAUUGAAUUGGUUUCCCAAGUAUUUUCCAGAGGAUGCCACCGCAGAGAUGCUGGAUGAAUGGAGGCCUUUAAUGUGUCCUUUUGAUGUUACCAUGCAAAAGGCUAUUACCUACUUUGAACUAUUCCUACCCACAACCCUUCCUCCCGCCCUUCACCAGAAGGGUUUCAAACUCUGGUUUGAUGAAUUUAUAGGCCUUUGGGUAUCAGUUCAGAAUCUUCCCCAAUGGGAAGGGCAUCUAGUAAAUCUGUUUGCUCGCUUGGCCACUGACAACAUCGGAUAUAUAGACUGGGAUCCGUACGUACCAAAGAUUUUUACCAGAAUUCUGAGGAGUUUAAAUCUUCCAGUGGGAAGCAACCAAGUUGUUGUUCCAAGAUUCCUGACAAAUGCUUAUGAUGUAGGACACGCAGUCAUGUGGAUCACAGCCAUGAUGGGUGGACCAAGUAAACUAGUGCAAAAGCACCUGUCUGGCUUGUUCAAUAGCAUUGCCUCUUUCUACCAUCCUUCAAAUAACGGGCGCUGGCUGAACAAACUGAUGAAACUGCUUCAGAGGUUACCCAGUGGUGUUGUGAGAAGGCUGCAUCGUGAGCGCUACAAGAAGAUGACGUGGUUAACUCCAGUGCCCGAGAGCCAUAAACUUACUGACCAGGAUGUUACAGACUUUGUAGAAUGCAUUAUUCAACCUGUUCUCCUGGCUAUGUUUAGUAAAACUGGAAGCCUGGAGGCUGCUCAAGCCCUGCAGAACCUUGCACUGAUGCGUCCUGAAUUAGUAAUUCCACCUGUACUGGAGAAGACAUAUCCUGCACUUGAGACGUUGACAGAACCUCAUCAGCUCACAGCCACCUUAAGCUGUGUGAUCGGGGUGGCUCGCAGCCUGGUGUCCGGGGGGAAGUGGUUUCCUGAAGGUCCAACACACAUGCUACCUCUACUGAUGAGAGCAUUGCCUGGGGUUGAUCCAAAUGACUUCAGCAAAUGUAUGAUUACAUUCCAGUUCAUUGCAACAUUUUCUACUUUGGUGCCUUUAGUAGAUUGUUCAUCUGUAUUGCAAGAAAGAGAUGAUCUUUCAGAGGUGGAAAGAGAAUUGUGCUCUGCAACUGCUGAGUUUGAGGACUUUGUACUGCAGUUUAUGGAUAGAUGUUUUGGACUUAUAGAGAGCAGCACGCUAGAACAAACCAGAGAGGAGACUGAAACUGAGAAAAUGACUCACCUGGAGAGUCUGGUGGAGUUAGGGCUCUCUUCUACUUUCAGUACCAUCCUUACUCAGUGCUCAAAGGAUAUCUUUAAG